AUGGCCGACUGGGCGGAGCGGGCGGCAGAGCAGGUCCUGAAGGAGGUUGAAAGACCACAUGAAGACAACAUCGUCACCUUCAUGAACCUUGCGUUGCUCUGGUCGGAUGUCAGUCGACAUCUGAGGUCACCUCAGAACAGUGUUGAUGGCAGAAUCUCCUCUCUGUAUGAGCUGGAUGCAAGACUGUCGAAAUGGAGAUCGCAAUUGUCGAGCUCAUUGCACAUAAAUCCCACGACGCUUCAGGAGAUCUCGCGUCAGGCACUACCGAAGUUGUUACUCAUCCACACCGUGUACAACCAAUGUUUGAUGGCGCUCCAUGCAUCUGUGGUACCUCUGUUCUCCUGGAGCGCAGCAGAAACGCACAGUCUAUCCGCCACGCAGGUUUCGGCACAGGUCGCUUUCGAUCAUGCUUGCGCAGCUUCGACCUUGUUUGAGGCUGUGCUCAACACGGUACAAGACUUUGGCACCCUCCCGAGCUUUAUCGGCUACGCAGCAUAUUGCGGGUGUGCAAUCCUGAUACCAUUUCUGUGGUGCACGAAUCAAGAUGUGAGAGAUCGAGCAAAGGCUAUGGUCAGGACCAAUGCAGCAGUGAUUCACGCAAUGGCCAAGUACUGGGCUUUCACGUCCCUCUCGGAAAAGUAUGUCCGCUACCUGUACCGCAUGCAUGCGGAGAACCCCAAGCGACUGGAGAACGAGCCCAAGUUCAUCGACCCAGUCAACCUCACCGAGUUUCGAGGGAACGCGCGAAAGGUAAGGGAUACGAUCCUGGGCUUCAACGCCAUCCUAUUCUCCAGCGACGGUGUGUAUGCCAAUCCUGGAGAAGAGGUGAUGGAUAUCGGGAUCACCGCUGUUGCCGAUUCAGCAAAUGCUGCGGACUCCGUGCAUGUUCCUCCUGGAUAUGACCAAAGCCAACGCCACGUGGAGAACACCGAAAGUAACCUAUGGAGCGGGCAAUUUGGGCAGUACAACCGCGACAACUUUAACACUUUUCUCUAUCCCGAGAUGCUUGAUGAAUUCGACUUCGGUCAUUUCGACGCUGCUUCGAUGAGCUUGGAUUUCCUUGACAUGGACAGUGGAGCAGUGGUGGACUGGGAGAAUGCAUAG